AGCUGUUCGUUGCCGUUAUACGAAACCCCCAAUCUCUUCUCUCCUUGAACCAAACUCCUCACAUUCCCACGCCGCCGGCAGCCGUCACGAUGACGACGGCUCCGCUCUACCUCCUCCUCGUUUCCGCCGUGGCCAUCUACCUCUCCACCGGCGCCUCCGCCAUCGGGGUCAACUACGGAACAAUAGCCAACAACCUCCCGCGGCCGUCCCAGGUGGCGCAGUUCAUAACGACGCAGACCAUCAUCGACAGCGUCAAGAUAUUCGAUGUCAUUCCCGACAUCAUACACGCCUUCGCCAACACCAACGUCACGGUCACGAUAACCGUCGGCAACGGCGACAUCCCUGCUCUCGCGGACGCCAGGGCCGCCGCCCAGUGGGUGGCCGCCAACGUGCAGCCGUAUUAUCAGGAGACCAAGAUUAACCGGAUCUCGGUGGGGAACGAGAUCUUGGCCACCGGGAACAGGCUCUGGAUCUCCAAGCUCGUCCCUUGUAUGUGGGCCCUACACAACGCUCUUGUCCAGGCCGGAAUCCGCAACAUUCAGCGAUGCAACUAUAUGGAUGAAACGCAGGUGUCGACGCCGCACACGCUGGGGAUAAUAUCGAACUCGGUGCAGCCGAGCCAGGCCCGGAUCCGGAAGGGCUACGACAAGGUGAUAUUCGAGCCCAUGCUCAAGUUCCUCCGCCAGACCAAGUCGCCGCUCAUGGUCAACCCGUACCCUUACUUCAGCUACGCCCCCAGCUACGCCCCCAGCAUCGCCGACUACGCCCUCUUCCGCCCCAACCGCGGCGUCCACGACUCACACACCAACAUCACUUACUACAACAUGUUCGACGCCAUGAUGGACGCCGUCUACUCCGCCAUCAAGGCCAUGGGUUACGCCGACGUCGACAUCGUCGUGGCCGAGACCGGCUGGCCCUCCGCCGGCGACCCCAACCAGCCCGCUUGCACCGUUGACAACGCCAUCUCCUUCAACGGCAACUUGCUCAAAGCCGUUACCUCAGGGAAAGGGACGCCAUUGAUGCCCAACAGGAAGUUCGAGACCUACAUCUUCUCCCUGUUCAACGAGAACCUGAAGCCGGGGCAGUCGAACGAGAGGAACUGGGGGCUAUUCCGCCCAGAUUUCAGCGCGGUCUACGACGUCGGAAUCCUGAAGAACAAGCAGUCGAGGCCGGCGCCGCGGCCAGCGCCGGUUGCGGGGAAGAAAUCGUGGUGCGUUCCGAAGGCGUCGGCGAGCGACCAGGCUUUGCAAGCGAACAUAAACUACGUUUGCAGCCAGAAGGGAAUGGACUGCAGGCCCAUUCAAGCCGGAGGCCCGUGCUUCGGGCCCAAUAACGUCAGGUCCCAUGCGUCCUUCGUGAUGAACUCGUUUUACCGCCUCAACGGAGCUCGUCCUUUCAACUGUGAUUUCGCCGGCACCGGAGUCGUAGCUAACUCGGACCCAAGUCACGGCUCGUGUAAAUACAUGUGAGAUGUGACAAUAUUAACGGUAGGAUUCGAGAUCGUCUCGAGAGGAGAUUUCAAUUUAAUCAGUCUUUGCAAUUAUGAGGUUUAAGUUGUCGAGUUAAUUUUGGGUCUGGCUGGGCAUUUUCCCUGGUUGUCAUCACAAAUUCUGUUGUAAUUGAGACCGUCUGUGUUUUACAAUGUAUGAAGUAUGAUUUAACAAACUAGGAGUCCUUUCUCUAGAGCCAGCUUGUUAGAAUUGAUUUAUUUAUUUGAUAGAUGGAACGUGACCAUGUGAUACGAUGAGUUAUAAUCCAAGCUCUUGCCUAAUAACUCUAUUGAACUAC